GAAAAAAGCAUUUAUUACCUUACCUGCAAAUAAUUAAUGCCUCUCAACUACAUUAUUACCAGCGGGGAAAUAAUUCUCUUUUUCACCUCCUCUAUUUCCUUGAUUUCUCCAUUAGUACUCAGCCCCUAAAAUCAUAAAACAAAAAACGUAACGUUUUCAGCGGAAGCAGUAGAACUGGGCUGCAAGGUGAAAAUUAAAGGGGUUGGCCAUGGAAGCCAUCAGAAAUUGGGCAGAUUUAGGGAUUGUUGAUACUAUUUAUGAAGACGAUGCUGAAGAUUCCUCUACUACUUCUCUUUCGAUCUCUCCAGGAAUCUCUCCAUCUCCUUCACCUCCCCGCUCUAGGGUCGUCUCCUGGUCCAAAGUUACUGGAAAUGAGACUGAUGUAGUCAUACAUGUUGAGAGCUCACGUUUUCGCUUACACAAGGAUCCGUUGGCAGCAAGGAGUGGAUUUCUAAAAAGAAAGCUGAAGGGUCUGUCCGAAUUAACCCUCUCUCCGCCGUUAAAGAUAACGGCCGAAACAUUCUCUUUGAUCGCAGAGUUUUGUUAUGACUCGCACAUCGUCGUUACGCCGUUUAACGUCGCCGCUCUUCAUACGGCGGCGGAAUUGCUAGAGAUGGCGGAGGCUAAUAACAUUGCGGGUGGCGAAAACUUGGCUCAGAAAACGGAAGCAUAUUUCCGCCGUGUAAUUGCCGUUAAUCGUGAAUAUGCAUCGAUCGUGCUGCGUUCUUGUGUUUCUCUGCUCCCGGAGUGUGAAACGACAUCGUCACUGUUGAGUAGAUGUAUUGAAGCGUUAAGUUUGGUAGACAACGGUGACAGCAUUAUGAAGUGCCUCAGCGAAGUUAAAGAGUUGCGGCCUGUGGAAUUUCAGUUAAUCGUGAUGUCCAUGAAUCGGUGGUUGAGUGGAAGCCAUGAUCAGCUCUAUAGAGUUGUUGACCUUUAUCUUAAGGAAUACAAGGGGAAGAUAACAGAUGAAGAAAAAAUCAUAAUGUGCAAUUACAUCGACUGUAGCAUCCUUUCGCCACAACUUCUCAUGCAUGCGGUCCAAAACGCCAGAAUGCCAUUAAGGUUUGUGGUCCAAGCCAUGUUCAUUGAGCAAUUGAGCACCCGCCGCUCUAUCCUAACGUCCACUGCUGCUGACAACCACGAUCAUCACAUUGAUCUUCUCCGAAGCAAAAACGAUGUCAGUUUGGGUGCAAUUCUCGAGCGAGACGCAGCACUUCGUCAAGUGUCACAGCUUAAGGCAGCUAUGAACGCCACAAGCUCACGAAUCCAGAGUUUAGAGCAAGAGUUGAGUGGCAUGAAGAAACUUCUUAACGAAUCAGAUCAAAACGUGAAGAAUAAUUUGUCCCAUAACUCUGCUCGCUCUGCUAGUUUUCGAUUGAGUUCCGAGAAUAAGAUCGAUAGAGGACAAAUUGGAUCAGUUUCAUCAGCAAGCUUCCGGAUACUUACCGCUAGAGAUAGAGCGGUUAUGGGAUCGUCUAAUUCAUCAGAAGUAUCUUACGAGGAAAAUACGAAAGUGGAAAAGAUAAAUUUUAGUAGAAGGUUUAUGAAUGGAUUGAAGAGCGCAUUCCGAGUAUCAAAGAAGAAAACAGAGACAAAGGUGGAAAAUGUAAAAGAGGCCGAAGAUGGUAAACAACAACAUGGGGAAGUUGUGGUGAUAAAGAAGGAUGUGCCUUUUCGCAGGCAGCCUCGUUCUCUAGAUUAAAAAAAUAAAGUCCUUCGUUUGCACA